AUGUUUCUGGCGCGAGCGCGAGUCCUCCAGCAGCGCUGGCGCAGCAGCAGCAGUAGCUUCCCGCCGGCGUACCGCAACAUGCUCGAGAUCGUGCGCAUCGAGCACGACCUCCAGGCGCCGCGCUCCAGCGUGACGUACCUGCCGUCGAAGUACCGCGUGCCCAUGGACGACGCCUUUCCGCUGCGCUUGCACGGGCACACGCUCGAUGUCUCGGAGCUGCGGCGUAAAUUCAUGCGCGGCCACCUCCCAGACGACGUCAUCGUAGCUCUGAAUGCGCUCAAGUUUGUGUGGGCGCCGCACGAGUACCUCUGGUCGCGCAACCUCGAGGCGCUCGUCACGUACAAGACUCUGCACGGCAACUUGCUCGUGGUCCGCACCUUUGUCGUGCCAGAAUCCGACCCGCAAUGGCCCAAAGACGCGUGGGGCCUCAAGCUCGGGCUCGUCGUUGCGCGGCUGCGCAAGCAAGGCCGCGACAACUGCCCCGCGCCGCGCCGCGCCGCUUUGGAUGCCAUCGGAUUUGUCUGGGACUGGUACGACGACCUCUGGAACGCACGCAUGGCCGCGCUCACGAAAUACAAGGAGCUCCACGGCGACCUCCUCGUGCCCCAUUCGUUUGUCAUUCCCGAAGACGACCCUGCGUGGCCGACCGAGAUGCGCGGGACGCGUCUCGGCGUCGCAGUCGUAACCAUUCGCCAAAACCGUCAGGGCUGUCCCCCCGACCGAAAACUCCAGCUCGAUGCUAUGGGCUUUGUCUGGGACUGCUCGGAGAACACGUGGAGCGUCCGCAUGGCCGCUCUCACGCGCUACAAGGAGCUCUACGGGCACGUGCUCGUGCCCGGGCCGUUUGUCGUGCCGGCCGAGCCGGGCGUGUGGCCCGAGGAGCUUUGGCACCACCGACUGGGCACGACCGUCAACACGAUCCGACAGAGCCGGUCCAUUUGCCCGCCCGAGCGCGAGGCCGAGCUCGACGCCAUGGGCUUUGUGUGGCACUUUUACGAAGAAAACUGGAAUUUUCGCAUCCAAGUGCUCACGAAGUACAAGGAGCUCCACGGCGACGUGGCGGUGCGCUACUCGUACGUUGUGCCAAGCAACGACGCGCGCUGGCCCAAGGAAUUCUGGGGCACGAAACUCGGGUACAUUGUCACCAACCUCCGCGAGCGCGAAGACAUUUGCCCACCGAAUCGCCGCGCCGAACUCGACGCGCUGGGGUUUAUCUGGAAGCACAAAGGCGCCGGCGACGACGACACUAGCAGCAGCAGCAGUGGUACAAGCUAA